AUGCCACACGCGAACCAGUCAUCCGCUAUUCGUAGCGGCGGGACACUCUAUAGCGAGUCACUCGCUGCGUCCCUGCUUAUAGGCACAGAUCCCGAACAAGCAGCGUCCAGUCGGCCAGCUCAUGUUGGCAUCAGUGACCGCGUCAUCGUCGUUCUUCGCGUGCUUGUGGUAACCGCGCACUUACUCUCGCUCGUCGCCGUCGCCAAUGCUGCCGUGCCGACAUGCGCCAGCCUCGCAGCUCAAGCUCCCUCGUUGAACCUCCUGCGCAAUGCGGGCUUCGAGGAAGCUUCCACUGCAGCAGACUGGCCCUCGCCCCUGUCGUCCUGGGUGCCGCUCGUCCCCGGCGGCGCAGCAGCGCAGCAAGGGCAGGGCGCGGGGGAGGUACAGGGGGAGGAGCAGGGGGCGGGGCAGGGAGCUGUGGCGGGGGGAGGGGGAGGGGAGGUUCCUCCUGGGGACCCGUCCGUUGCUGCUGAGGGCGGUCGGUUCGUUCGCCUGCAGCCCAGCGACGGCAGUGGCGGGGAGCUUUGGGGAACCGGGGCGAGUGAGAGGGAAGGGGCAGUGUGGCCGGUGCAGGGACUGGGGCAGCUGCUGUGUGUCGUGGAAGGGGUAGAGCAGCCGCAGCAGCAGCAGCAGCCGCAGGGGAAGUUUUCGGUGUAUUUCUAUGCAAGGGCGCGCGAGUGCAUGAUGGAUGUGUCUGUUGCAGCUGGAGUACGGCCGGUGCGAGCCAUGAUCGUCGCCGUGCCCCUGCCACCACCACCAGCCACUGCCGGCAGCACUAGCAGCAGCAGCAUGGACGAGGGUGAGCUGGGCAGAGCGUUGGCAGCCGCUAUGAGCAGCGGAGAGAUGGUGGUGCUGCAUCAGUGGACCGUCGGCGUUCCCUGCCGCAACAACUCCUUCUCGCUCUCCGGCCUGCUGCCCUGGCGCCAGCACGGGCCCUUCUCCUUCCACCUCCCACCCUCCUCAGCCUCCGCCGCUGCUCUCUCCUUCCCGCCGCAAGGCGUGGCUCUGCACCUCGUGCUGCUCGAGGGCAGUGGGGCGGACAGCGGCGGCACGCCCUCUGGUGGCCCUGUGGAAUUGCCUGUUCCCAUUGACGUGCCCGUUCCCUUCCCUCCGACCUUGCCUGGGGGUGCGUCCGUGACUGGGGGUGCUUCCGUGCCUGGGGGUGCGACUGUAGGAUCAGCAGCAGCGGCGGUGGAAGGUGGGGCGCUGACGUCAGCGGCAGCGGCAGCGGGGAGCAUUGAUGUGGAUCUGAUCACGGUGGCUCCCAGAGGCACAGUGGCCUCCGCUCCUCCAUCCUUCUCCUAUUCCCCACUAACCUCCUCCUCUCCCCUCCUCACCUCCGGUUCGGCCCGCCUCCUCCCCUCCUCCCUGCGCCUCACCCCUCUCUCUCCGCCCCACCAAGCGGGCCUUGCCCUGCACCCCACGCCCUUCCCCCUCGUCUCCCCCGCCACCCCCACCUCCCCCUGCCGCCCCUACUCCUUCUCCUCCUCCUUCUCCUUCCGCCUCUCCUCCCCCCACCCCGCUGCGCUUGGGGCCGACGGCUUAGCCUUCGUUCUCCUGCCCGACCCGACCGUCGGGCUGCCCGGGCCAAACAUGGGAUAUGGCAGGAGGCCUUACCGGCAGGAGGAGAUGUUUGUGGAGUUGGAAGGGGGGGAAGAACAAUUGUGUGAGGUGGAGAAUGGGGCCGUUACAUGCACCACGAUUGGUGGCAGCAGCGGUAGUGGCGCCACCCUCAACAGCAGCUUGCCACAUCAGCACAGCCUGGCAGUGGAGUUCGACACGUCAUCAACCCGUCUGUUUUCGGACCCAACCACUCACCACGUGGGGAUAAACGUGGAUUACAGCAUGACGUCAGCAGGCCAUGCGUCUGUGCACCCCGCGGGCAUGGCCUCGCUGAGCGGCAACAAGAACGAGACGCUGCAUGCAUGGGUGGCCUACAACGCCACCUCCUCGCUGCUCUCCGUGCGCCUCUCCUCCUCGCCCGCCAUGCCCCCCUCCGCCCUCCUCUCCCUCCCCUUCAACGCCUGCGAUCUCUUUCACUCCGCUCCAAAGGAGGACGGCGGGGAGGGGGAGGCCGUGUUGGUGCAUGCGGGGUUUGCAGCCGGCACGGGGCUGCUGCCGCUGCACACUCAGACGCACGACAUCCUCUCCUGGGCCUUCCAGGUCGACACCCAAGCGCCGGGGCCUCUCCCCGUGUGGCAGCAGCCAUCGCUCGCCUUGCCCUUCCUCACGCCAGCCGCGCCCUUCACUGCCUCGGCCUCUGCUCGCCCCGGCUUCUCCUCGCUGCAACUCACCCCGGGCAACCAGGACCAGGAGACAGGCGCCGCCUUCUUUCCACUCCCCCUGCCCCUGCUCUCGCUCCUCCCCGCCCCUGCCCCUCGCAAGGGGAAGAAGGGUGGAAAGACUGAUGUGCUGGUGUGCAAGGCUCGGUCCUUCACCUCGUGGUUUGCUUUUGAGCUCAAGGGAAAAGAGACCAAUGGGUUUGGGGUGGUUUUCAUGCUAAGUACUCGGCCGGGGGUGGGUCAAGGAGGGGCGGGUAUGGGGUAUGGGAGGGAUGCGCAAGGGAGGAAUGCGAAUGGGACGUGGGCGGAUGGAGGGAGGAGUGUGGCGGUGAUGUUUGAUGCCUUUAGCGGCAUUGACCCUAACUAUGCCAUUUACAAUGAUGUGGCAAUUCUCUCCGUUCACACUGACUUUAACGUGACACGGCGGCUGGCUUUUUCAUCUCAGAAGAGAUACACUUCAUCCUCGUUAUACAGCAUGAGGGUGGACUAUACGGCUGCCAGUAAGACUCUAGAGGCAGUGACUUAUAGAGGAGCUACGAGGAUGGGGAGUGUGAAGCUGAGUCUUGACCUGUGCUCUGUGUUCUAUGAUGGCAAUAGCACCACUGAGGGAGUGAUUCCGGUGUUUGCUGGGUUCAGCAGUGCCAGCACGCAGGCAUGUGUUCAGUCCAUCAAAGCGUGGACGUUUCGAUUCACAGGUUCGUAUGAACGGUUCGCCCUUUUCCUCUUUCGUCCAUCAUCUUCUCCUCCUUGUCUCUCCUUGUCUCUCCUUGUCUCUCCUUGUCUCUCCUUGUCUCUCCUCUCCUCACUUCCCAUGCCGCACAGACGUCAACCCAUGCACGGCGUGGGACGUGAAUCCAUGCGGUGCUGGCAGGUGCAGUGCGAGUUCCCCGCAUGUCGUCUUAACAGCACUGACACGUGUGCGCCUGGCGUGUGCCUGGAGGGCUAUGAUGCCUCCUCCUUCUGCCUCUGCCCGCCCUCCUUCUUCCCCCUCCACUACUCUAACCCCCUCAAGCAACCCUGUAACCAAGUGAGUGAGUCUGCUACUCGAGUGCCAUUCUUCCCAGCACCCCCUGGUCUCACAUGCCCUCUGCUGCUCGACAUCUUUGACCUCUCACCUCAAGAGCUGCUGGAGAGCAACAAGCGCAUGGCAUGUGACAAGCCCAUACCUCGUGGGUGGAUAGUCAACGUGUCGGCAUCUGCCAACAAGAGCUGCACCAGCAUGUAUACCGCCAACCAGGGUGACAUGUGCACGUCAAUCAACAGCAUCCUUGACACCAACAUAACACAGCUCAACCGUAACAUUGACUGCUCACAACCUCUCGUCCCUGGAACGCGCAUAUGUGUGGAGAACAGCAGCAACACCCCCACCUUCCCCGUGGCAGCCUGUACGGAUCACAAGGCUCUCGAGCCCGGCCUGCACACGUGCCAGCAGGUGGCGGCAUUUGGCUACGGGUGGAGCAGCAUGGGCUACUCCGAGACCUUCCGCAUCAACCCCGCUCUCUACUGCGACCACCUGCUGCCCGGUGCUGCUGGGUGGGGCGACUCUGUGCUCGACUCGGUGAGUGAUUUGUGA